AUGACACGACGGGAGAGAAAAGAUGGGCCGUUUCGACCGAAUCGAGACAUGUCAAGUUCAGAUGUCCUGAAUCGUGGCAACGAAGUGGGCGCAUUGCGAACCUUCGACCAACGAGGCCAUCAAGACAAAACCCGAGUGACAGAGCGAAUGACGGCAGAGCCGACUCUGGUACUCCGUAUCGAUGGUAGAUAUCGUGACAAGGGAUGGUGGUGGUGGGCGGGGAGCGCCAGGUUCGCCAGCGGUGCUGUCACUGUCUCUGUUUUGUUAGCAGAUGCGUAUGACACACGCACAUCAUGUACCAUGUAG